AAGGACUCGACUCACAGCAGAUCACUGUCUCCUUCUCGGGAUUUUAAAUGGAAAACGGAGGCGUUGAAAACCAUGCGUUUCAUAUGGAUGAACACGGCAGUGAAGACGCUACAGGGAAACAUGUCCACACGCAGAGGAGGGAGGAAGAGGAGGAGGAAGAACACAGGAACAAACCAACCUACUGUGUCACUGACGUCCCGCCCUGGUACCUGUGUGUACUUCUGGCUCUUCAGCAUUACCUCACAGCGUUUGGAGGAAUCAUCUCGAUCCCUCUGAUCCUCUCGGAGCGUCUCUGUCUGCAGAACGACCCCCUCACACAGGGACGCCUCAUAAACACCAUCUUCUUUGUGUCUGGGCUGUGCACGCUGCUGCAGGUCACUCUGGGCGUCAGACUGCCCAUCCUCCAGGGGGGGACGUUCACGUUGGUGACCCCCGCCAUGGCGUUACUGUCUCUGCCCGAGUUCGAGUGCCCGGCCUGGACUCAGAACUCCAGCCUGGUGAACACGUCGUCUCCUGUUUUCAUCGAGGUGUGGCAGAGUCGUUUACGGACGCUGCAGGGCUCCAUCAUGGUGGCGUCGGUGCUGCAGGUGGUGGUUGGUUUCUCUGGUCUCAUUGGUUUCCUGAUGAGGUUCAUUGGGCCUUUGACCAUCGCUCCCACUGUGUCUCUGAUCGGUUUGUCUCUGUACGACUCGGCCGGAGACAGAGCGGGAAGCCACUGGGGCAUCUCUGCAAUGACCACGGUGCUGAUCGUCCUCUUCUCUCAGUAUCUCUGUCGGGUUCCUCUGCCCAUCCCCACGUACAGCAGAACCAGGAAACUGCACACCUCCAAGUUCUACAUCUUCCAGAUCAUGCCCAUUCUUUUGGGGAUAUCGGUCUCGUGGCUGGUGUGUUACCUCCUCACCAUCUACGACGUCCUGCCCUCUGACCCUGACAAAUACGGCUACGUGGCUCGGACUGACGUUAAGGGCGACGUCUUAGACCGCGCCCCGUGGUUCAACUUCCCUUAUCCCGGUCAGUGGGGGAUGCCGACGGUCAGCUUGGCGGGAGUCUUUGGCAUGCUGGCUGGGAUCGUGUGCUCGAUGGCGGAGUCUGUGGGCGACUAUCACUCCUGUGCCAGACUCUCCGGAGCUCCUCCUCCCCCAAAACACGCCAUCAACCGGGGCAUCGGCGUGGAGGGGGUGGGGUCCCUGCUGGCCGGAGCCUUUGGGACCGGGAAUGGGACGACCUCCUUCAGUGAGAACAUAGCUGCUCUGGGUAUCACUAAGGUUGGAAGCCGAACGGUGAUCCUGGUGAGCGGAUUUAUCAUGAUUUUAAUAGGAAUUCUGGGAAAGAUCGGGGCCAUAUUUACUACCAUCCCCAACCCUGUAAUCGGAGGCAUGUUUUUAAUCAUGUUUGGAGUCAUAACAGCUGCUGGCAUUUCUAAUCUGCAGACGACGGAUAUGAACUCCUCCAGGAAUAUUUUCAUUUUUGGGUUUUCCAUGUUCUCUGCGCUUACGAUUCCAAACUGGUUACUGAAGAAUCCAAACAGCUUAGUAACAGGUGUUAAAGAAGUCGACCAGGUGUUGCAGAUAUUACUGACCACGCACAUGUUCAUCGGAGGGUUCCUUGGAUUCUUUCUCGACAACACGAUUCCCGGAACUAAGAAAGAGCGAGGUCUGUUAUGUUUGGAUAAAGACGACGCUGAAGACACAGGCCGAUUAUCCCAAGUUUACGAUCUUCCGUUUGGGAUAAGCUCCUUCUUUUCGAGGCGCUCCUGGGGGCGCUACAUCCCCUUUUGUCCUUGGAAUGAUGAUAGAUCCAAAGAAGAGGCUGUUAUCCAAAGUGACUCCUCAAAAAGAAACUCAAGUAUGGAGUCGUAUUUUUGACGUCGACUCCUGUGUUGACUUAACGGGAAAACUGUUUGUUUUCACUCGGAAUGCUGGGAUUUGGUCAGUACUUUUGAUUUUAGUUUGAUGAAUACUUGAAGUUGCCUUGGAUCCAGAAUAUAUUCCUCUCCAAUACUUUACGAAAAUUUGAGUCUGGAAACCGGUGAAUCUCUUCGAGUUCGAUUGGACGUGAUUGACAGGUGGAUGAGCCAAUCAGAGACGUGCAAGUUUCGUCCAAAAAUGGCGGCUUUCGAGGAAAAAUGAAAGAAAAAAACAUCACAAAGGACCAAAAAACACUAAAAUCUGUUAAUUGAAUUGCGAGAACUGUCAUUUUUAUUUGAAACGAUGGGCGACCAUUGAGCUCCUUGCGUUACUGAAAUAAACAAACGUGAUUGGAUGGCUGUUUUUGAACCUGACUUGAAGCGGGACAGAGGGCGAGGUGACCACAGAGGUAUAAUUUUGAACUUACUGGGCAAUAGUUGGACGUAUUUGCACUAUUCCACAGUAUGGUGGGUAUAGCGGACCAAAGAGUGCAGACUCGGGGAAUAUUUACAGUAUUUAUUAUAGAAAUGACAAAUAGUACAGUUUGAGGGUAGAUCCGGCGGUGAGCAGGAGGUGAGGCCAGGAUCCAGGAGCGGAACGUGGAGCGUAGCGGAGAUGAUGAUGCGGGCAGCACCAGCUCGGUUACCUCUGGCUCCGUCCCUGGUCCUGUCUCCCGCUCCGGUGCUGGUUACUCCCUGUUCCUGUCCCUGCUCCCCGCGACACAUUCCCGGACUCUGGCUCGCACCCGGCCCCUCGCCCCCUCGUCGGUCUAACCAACAUUUGUCUGUUAAUUCACAAACUGUAACUAAACACUGUAAACGUGCUCCGAGUUCUGCACCUUUUUGGUCCCACCUGCACCGACGUUACGACAUAAGCUCUUUUUCUGUAGAUCCAUGAUUCCAUCCUCAGACCCAAACAAAGAGAACAAGGGUGAGCAGCUGAAACUGGAGACAAUGGCUGUUUGUAGUUUCAGUGCGGUUAGCUCCUCCUUUCAGACAGAUAAAUUAAAAAAGUGACCAGAACUGAAGAAGUGACUUGGACGAGCAGCGAAACGUCUUCACUCCUGCAACGAUUUGUCCAGUUUGACAGAUUUAAACUUCGUCUUUUGUUCUGGAUCAGACCUGGACGACUGAGGGAUUACACAGACAUUUUGCUAAAUACCACAUUAGCAGCAUUAGCAUAUCCACUUUUUCCACUUUUUUUUUACUGAUGUUGUGUUCGUCUUUGUAAAUAUUUUCACUUUAUGCUAAUGCUGCGCUCUAGUUUAUGUUUAUAGAUCCUUUUUCCAGACCAAGAUUUAGUUUGUUUUCACUCCUGACAGUUUGGACGGCUCACUAGCGCCUCACAGUGGUCACGUGAUGUUGCUGUGACGUGGUUUAAAGAGGUUUUGGUGCUGUCUUCCUACCGAUGGAGGCAGGACGACAGCGCCACCUGCAGGACGACUUCUCCGGGACAGUAUCCGAGGUGUGUGACAGCAAAAAGGCCCCUCAUCCCGGUUUACAGUUUUACUCUCACACUUUUGGGAUACUGUCCUGAAGAAGUUUAGAAUAUUCUCUACGGAGAUCAAUACUAUAGGCCAAGUUAUAUGUCAUGUUUGUGGAGAGGCAAGCCCACUCUGAGUACGACUGCAUGUUAAUUUGUGCAGUAAAAACACAUGUAAUAAAAUAAAAGUUGUUGUUUUUG